CUGUAAACUCUGCACUUUUCACAACAACAUAUCAUUUCUUAAAAUCUUCGACUUAUUUUAGUUGUGUGCAGAGUUCGUGUAACGAUGGCGGACGAGGUGAUUCUGUUGGAUUUCUCGCCGAGCAUGUUUGGCAUGAGGGUGAGAAUCGCAUUGGCAGAAAAAGGGAUGAAGUACGAAUACAAAGAGGAGGAUUUAUGGAACAAGAGCCCUUUGCUUUUGCAAAUGAACCCCAUUCAUAAGAAGAUCCCGGUUCUUGUUCACAAUGGCAAACCUGUCCGUGAAUCUUCCAUCAUUGUUCAGUACGUUGAUGAGGUGUGGAAGGACAAAGCUCCUUUGCUCCCCUCUGAUCCUUAUGAGCGAGCUCAAGCAAGGUUUUGGGUUGAUUUCAUUGACAAGAAGUUUCAUGAUGCUGGGAGGAACACAUUGAGCACAACAGGGGAAGCACGGGAGGAGGCAAAGAAGGAAUUCAUUGAAAUAAUAAAGACCUUGGAAGAGCAGCUAGGAGACAAGCCUUACUUUGGAGGUGAAACCUUUGGCUACGUCGAUGUAUCGUUGAUCCCUUUUUACUGUUGGUUUGAGGCAUAUGAGACAUAUGGCAAGUUCAGCGUAGAGGCAGAGUGCCCCAAAUUCAUUGCCUGGGCUAAGAGAUGUAUGCAGAAGGAAAGCGUUUCGAAGUCGCUCCCUGAUGAGAAGAAAGUUGUGGGAUACGCUGCAGAAUUGAGGAAGAGGUUUGGGAUUGAAUAGAUAGAGAGAAUUUUGCAAAUGGGAAAUGGGUGAAUGAACCCAACAAGCAGAAUGUUGCUUGCUCUAUGAGACUUGUGUUCUGUUAGUGCGUGUAUUAUUGUAGUUUUGCUUUCCGAAUAAAUUGGUGAGAAUAUGGAUGUAAAAUUCCAUAAUUAAUGCGGAAGUUUUGAACCCUUGAAUUGAA